AUGUCCUCUCACGCCCCUCGUUUGCACGAUCCCUUUGUGGACUCUACAACAGACAGCCAAGAGGAAACGCCCAGCUCCGAAAAGCAAGCCCAUGUGGCUAGCAAAGAUCAAGAUAUUAGAUCUGACUCCCCAUGUAGUGAGAGUGACACAUCGACGAUAAAGCCCUAUCACUCCGGCAAGUCUCGAGAACCUGAAGAGACCCGCAAAUAUGAGACUUCCCAGGAGCACAAAAAACCGAAUCCUAUCACCACCCAGCCCCCUAGCCGUAUUCCUCGUGGACUAGUCUUUCAUAGACAAGGCCAGGAAUCACUUGCUACUUCACAGAAAGGGGCCCGAGUCAUCUCAGAGCAGAGCAGCUCAAUUCCAAUUCCGAUCCCAAUCCGUAGUCCUGAGCGCCUGAACAGUCGUUCAAAGACACGGGGUGAUGGGUUUGCUGGUGGUAUUCGAGUGAUUGAGAAGCCUCGUGGUCCUCGCCCCCACAUUUUGGCUGAGCAGAAAAAAGACUCAGCUUCGACUUCGAUUGAACAAGCACCCAGCCAGCCGAAAGAGAAUAUCGCCUCUUCCUCAUCAUCAUCUGGCGGUUGGGACCUUGAAGAGGGAAUGCCCAAACGACCCACCAAUGUGUAUACUGGUGAGUAUCGUACUCGUCCUACCCUCAGAAUUGCCCCUUCAGCCGAGAAGAUUAUCAUGGGCCCGGAUAGCCCUGGCAGCACGUAUGCAGUCACACAACGAUCACACCCAGCCCCCGUUCAGUAUCCGGAUACACCAAAACAUGUCUUCAAGGAAGGGCGUCGUAACAUAGAGGAUACACCAGGGACCUCAGGAUUCAGACAUCAAGACAACAACACCGCUGAAGACAUCCCGGUUAUUCCGCCAUCCAACCCUCCCCAGAUAUUGCUUGAGACAACCCCAAGGAGGGACACCGGUGGCCGCAAAUUUUCAAUUCCACGCAAACCUGUCAACAGUCCAAGCCUAUCAUCUCUUUCCACCCCCAGCUGCGAAAAUAUGCAGCCUACUCCUCCCAUACCAAAACUCCCUGAGCAAUACGAAGCCUUAGUAAAAGGAGGCAUGGCAUCUAGCCCAGUGACUCCAAAAGAGACAGCUUCUCCCAGAGCUAAAGAGUUUGGGCAAAGUCCAGGAGAGAGUGAGGUUAUAAUAAUACCUCAGAACAAGUGGACAGCGUCUCUGCAAGCCGUGUCCGACUUCCCCACUCACGAUGCGCCACUCUCAGUCCAGAACAGGGCAUUUGACGGCAUCAUAUCACAAAGUCCUAGCCACAAUGUGACGCCCCAAAGCGCCAGGAUUCCUGAUUCCCGGAGCAACCGUAUGCUUGAUGGCUUUCGGAAUAUCUUCAAGCAUAGAAGCACCAUGGAUAAGGAUAAAAAGGGACCUAACGAAGCAUCUGGCCUUGCAUUCGAAGACCCGAACUCCAGUAGCGCGAAGCUUACCACAAGUCCCGAAUACAGCAAGUUCGACUCUGGAAGGACAGGACCUCAUGCAAGCGCCAAGCACCUCAAGUUAUCUGAGGGUUGGAACAAAAGCCUACGCCUCCCUAUGCCCUCAACAGACAGACACAGAAGACCCACAAUCUCGGCGCCCAUCCCAAUAUCACCAGAAAACAUGCCUUCAUUCGCCCGGUCCACAAUGGCAGCACGCACCAGGGCCGUGACUAGUCCACGUGGACAACCAGCUAUCGCUCCUCAAGGUCCGACGCGCAGGACUCAUACAGUGGCUGCCACCACUGGGAGUCCUCAACGCACUAGGCGCCCCAGCAAAGGCACCGAAGCAAUUAUGUCGCCUGUGCAGAAGCAAACUAACCUGUCGCAUGUUGUGGGGCCGACUAAACUGGACACCACCACUUCUCAGACGAAAGCUCCCCAUAUUGAGAGAAGUGCCUCUAGCUCGCUGCCUAAGACCCUGGAUGAUAUCCGCGCUUGUGUGGAGCAACUGUGCAACAAAGCGCGGGAUGAGAGCACUCCGAGUAAGCGGGAACGAAAUCUCCGCAUGGCGCUGUCAUUGCAGCAGCAAGUCAGUGAUUACAACAGCAUUGAGAAAGAAGUCACAGAGGCUGAAGCAUUGGUGUCUAAGAAACGCGCAGACAAAUGCCUCUCUGAAAGCAUAUUGUUUGAAUCAUAUUCCCAGAUUCGGGCUCAAAUGAAUGAGGAUUGGAUAUCAACUAGCCUAUCCGAUGCUUAG